UAUUGAAAAAAACGAUUUCGACUCCAAUAUACUUGCCUUCUGCUGAGUUUCUUACAGCCUUAUAGUUAUAGGGCGGUAAGGUCAAGCGGUAGGUAACACAAAAUGAAAUUCGUUGCAAUGAUAAUUCUGAGAAACUGAAAGACGAUGACGGCAGAAAUACGCUGUUCUUCAGUCUCUUCAUCCAUUUCACCGGGAAAAGCCGUUAAUCAGUUAACCGUGCAGUAACCUCAGUCUGGAUAUAAUGUUGUGGCGGUCGUUAUGUUUAAUAACAACUCUUUACAGCCUAGAAUCAUCAGCCAUUCAUUGGCCAGCUGGAAAAUAUGGAAUACCAAAACCUGUCUCCGGGUGUCCUUCAGCCGAAGGGUUUCAGUGGAAUGAAGGAUGGAUUCUUCAGGACACCAGUUAUUAUAGAGAUCAUAAAAAAUCAAAUAAUUCAAGGUCGACGUCAUUCCAUAUUGACGGAUUUGUAAAUAAGAUGUUAGUGAACAGGUCAUUUUGUAUCAAAGAUACAACCACUGACGACGAAUAUAGACCAGCUUGGCCAGCAGGAAAAUACUGUAUUUAUCGAAAACAUAACCGCUGCCCGGAAGGAUUGACACCAGGAAAUGUCUUCUGGAAUGAUGACGAUUAUUCCUUAUAUAACGGAGACAAACGAGCUGGGGCACAUCCUGAUUUUGAGUUUGUUAAUAAGGCUUACACGUUGAUCUAUUUUUGUUGCAAAACGGACGGAGACAAGAAUAACUCUGUUCUCCUGCCCUCUAAGUCUCCAUUCUUCCUGCUUGCCUACAAUUCGCCGACAUGCCAGAUGGUCAAGUGGGCAGUAGUGAGUCUGGAGUGGAUAUAUUUUUCUACAUCUAAUUUUAAUAACCAGGACAACGCAACAGGGGCGUUCCCAUACAAUGCGGGAAUUAAACACCCAACCAUGUAUUACUGUUACUAUCGGGGCUGCAACAAAACUUUUAACUCCAACAAUGGCACUCUUCAAUCGCCUUUUCAUCCGGAAAAGUAUCCAAGUGGACAGUACUGCUCUUGGAGAAUAACUGUUCAUUACUCACAACGAGUUCAUCUUAAGUUCACAACCUUCCAAUUACAAAACGAGGAAGACACGGAUGAGGUAUAUGUGUACGAUGGAGAAAAUGAGAGAGAUUACUUGUUGGGUGUGUUUUAUGGAGAUCAUCAUCCACCAGAGGAAGGAAUCUUCUCUACAUGGAACAGUCUGUUUUUAAUAUUCAAAUCCGACGAUAAAGACUCCUACACUGGCUUCAGUGCUUUCUACCGUGUGGUCAAUAAAAAAUCUCCAUACACAUGUGAUCAGGAGGUGACGCCAUCAUCUAACGAUGUGACUCCUUUUAGAGCCACUGAUUGGCCAGCUGGAAAAUAUGGAAUACCAAAACCUGUCUCCGGGUGUCCUUCAGCCGAAGGAUUUCGGUGGAAAGAAGGAUGGAUUCUUCAAGACACCACUGAUUACAGAGAUCAUGACAAAUCAAACAAUUCAAGGUCGACGCCAUUCCAUAUUGACGGAUUUGUAAAUAAGAUCUUCGUGAACAGGUCAUUUUGUAUCAAAGAUACAACCGCUGACGACGAACAUAGACCAGCUUGGCCAGCAGGAAAAUACUGUAUUUAUCGAAAAGAUAAACACUGCCCGAAAGGAUUGAUGCCAGGAAAUGUUUUCUGGAAUGAUGACGAUAAUUCCUUUCAUAACAAAGACAGACAAUCUGGGGCACUUCCUGAUUUUGAGUUUUUUCAUGAUCGGUACACGCAGAUCUAUUUUUGUUGCAAAACGGACAGAGACAAGAAUAACUCUGUUCUCCUGCCCUCUAAGUCUCCAUUCUUCCUGCUUGCCUACAAUUCGUCGACAUGCCAGAUGGUCAAGUGGACAGUAGUGAGUCUAGAGUGGAUAUAUUUUUCUACAUCUAGUUCCGAUAACCAAGACAGCGCUGAUGGGGCGUUCCCAUACGAUGCAGGAAACAAGCAACUAACCAUUUAUUAUUGUUACUAUCGGGGUUGCAACGAAACUCUAAUGUCAAACAAUGGCACAAUAAAAUCGCCAGGUUAUCCGAAGAAAUAUGCAAAUGAACAGCACUGCUCCUGGAGGAUAAUUACACACUACCCACUUCAAGUUCAUCUAAAGUUUGCGACCUUCGAAUUACAAAAGGAGAAAAACACAGACGAGCUAUAUGUGUACGAUGGAAAAAAUGAGAGGGGGCACUUGUUGGGUGUAUUUUAUGGAAAUCAUCCUCCACCAGAGGAAGGAAUCUAUUCUUCGUGCAACAGUUUAUUUUUAAUAUUCAAAUCAGACGAUACAGAUUCCUACACCGGUUUCAGUGCUCACUAUCGUGCUGUCCCUGAUAUACCUUCCGGUACUACAACCGCCAUCCCAUCUCAUCAUGAAGUAAUGUCGUCACCCAAAGCGUCUUCAACCAAUUUAAAAACCCUGGAAAUGAUGUCAUCUAGCGUUGUGGCUACUUCCUUUGGAGCUUCUGAUGUUAUAACAAUCAAUCCACGCAUAUCUGAUCAUGAAGUGACUCCAUCACCUAAAGUGUUCUCUACCAGUUUAAAAACCUGGAAGUGACGUCAUCUAACGUUGUGGCCACUUCCUUUGGAGCUUCUGAUUUUGUAACAAUCUAUUCAAGCGUAUUUGAUCAUGAAGUGACUCCAUCACCUGAAGUGUCCUCUACCAGUUUAAAAACCCUGGAAGUGACGUCAUCUAGCAUUGUGGCUACUUUCAUUAGAGCCGUUGAUGUUAAAACCACCAAUUCAUGCACAUCUGAUUAUGAGGUGACGCUACUGCCUGGUGUAACGGCGACCUCUCCAGACGCUCAGGAAUUGACGUCAUCCAAAGUUGAAUUAACUACCCUCAAAACUUCCAGUGUAACAACUACUAUGUUACAUGCACCCAAAGUGAUGCCUUCGCCUACUUUGUCCUACUUUGGUUUUACUACAACUGCGCAUUCUCUUAAGAUUGCGUUUUCAUCUGCUGUUUGCUGUAAGACCUCACGAACGCCAGAAGCGACGGAUC